AUGUCCGCCCAGGACGAAUUCAACCAGCUGGUGAACAGCAACCAUUCCCGCUUCGCUACCCACCCCGAAGACCACCAUAACUCGGACUCAGACGAAGCCCUCUACUCAGACGAGGAAAGCAGCCGCAAAAACCUCCGCAACCGCACAAUCCACGACUCCUCCGACGAGGACGAUCUCUCAGACGACAACAUGGUCUCGUCCCGCACGGCGAACUACCAAGUACCCAAUACGGUCUACGAUGCGAACACCGGGCCGAAGGGUGUCAUUGCCGAUGCGCAGGCAUUCGAGCGCGCAAGGAAGAAGUCUUUCCGUCGGACGCUGCUUAAUGCUGCGGGCUUUGAUGGUAACGGGGCUUCGUUCGCUGCGAAGACGCGUGAUGACUCGCCGCAUGCCGAGUCCGGUUCGGCUAGUGAUGAUGACGAUGAGGCGCGGUUCUUGAGGAAGUGGAGGCAGUCACGGAUGCAGGAGCUGCAGGGCCGUGGACAUCGGAGAUUGAGUCCUCGUGGGCGGCGCUUUGGGUCGGUUGAGAAUGUUGAUGCUGUCGGGUAUCUUGAUGCUAUUGAGAAGGUCACAUCGGAGACUGUAGUUGUUGUUUGCAUUUAUGAUCAUCAGUCGGAUGACAGCGCCAUCGUUGAAGAAUGCCUCGUUACUAUCGCCCGCAGGCAACCCACUACCCGUUUCGUCAAGUUGCACCAGGAUAUCGCUGAGAUGGAUCACAUCAAAGCCCCUGCUAUCCUAGCCUACCGCGGUGGCGACGUCUUCGCUACCAUUGUCGAUGUCCUGCGCAGUAUCCCGCGUGGCCGGAGCUGCAGUGCUGAUAGUCUUGAAGACCUCCUGAAGCUAAACCGCGUGCUAUGA